GAAUUGGCUCCAGUCACCCUCAUGUACAAACUCAUUAAAGGAGUCAUAAAGGCAGCUAAUGAAAAUCAUGACCGCUAUCAUUACAAGCCCUCUGGUGUCCUCUCGCCUUCCUCCAGUGUGAGCGAGAGAAUAAAGGCGGCGAAAUUAACGUCCGUGCCAAUAAUGUUACAAAACCAUCGUCAUCCUUUAAGUCGUAUCUCUUCUCCUCUGUGAGUGGAGCCAACUAAAUUAAAGUUCCAGCCAAUAUGGUUACGUAAGCGCUAACACUCAGUUCCUCUGUGUGCUCUUCUUCUUUUUUCUCUUUUAGGAUGACAACUCCAUGUUCUUUCAGUUCGGCCCGUCCAUCGAGCAGCAGGCUUCAGUCAUGUUGAACAUCAUGGAGGAAUACGACUGGUACAUCUUCUCCAUCGUCACCACGUACUACCCCGGCUACCAGGACUUUGUCACCAAGAUCCGGAGCACCAUCGAGAACAGCUUCGUGGGCUGGGAGCUGGAGGAGGUUUUACUCCUCGACAUGUCCGUAGACGACGGAGACUCAAAGAUCCAGAACCAGCUGAAGAAGCUCCAGAGCCCCGUCAUCCUCCUCUACUGCACAAAGGAAGAGGCCAACACCAUCUUCGAGGUGUCCCACUCUGUUGGCAUCACCGGCUACGGCUACACGUGGAUCGUCCCCUCGCUGGUGGCGGGGGACACGGUGGUCGUGCCGGCAGAGUUCCCCACAGGUAAGACUUUUUAAACUCGACUUGUAAGAUUUGCUCUCCGAGUCACGGGUCCAGGAAGGCUGGAUUUAGAGAGUCAUAACUGAGGAGUAUAAACUCGAGAAACGCACACACUGAACGACUUUAAAAAGAUUAAUUUAAUCCGCUCGGAUCAGCUCGUCGCUCGACGUGACGUUUGGAGAAGGUUCAGUUCUGAGGGUCUCGUCUCUCUGUUUCUACUCGUCACAAUGGUUUCCUGUUUCCCUGCAAAGCAUGCACACUGAUUUAAACAGUUAGAG